AUGGCCACCUCCACAACCACCGUCGUCUCAUCCGAGCACGGUACGAAAGAAGAACAAACCGCGCAACUCCUCCGCAAUGCAGCCGAAUUCAAAACCAAACCACUCUGGACCCAAAUGACCAGACUGAAUCCUCCCGCCCCAAACCCAACCUGCACGCCUCACAUCUGGCGCUACGACGAGAUCCGUCCGCACCUGCUGCGCGCCGGCGAGCUGGUCACAGAGAAGCAAGCGGAACGCAGAGUCCUGAUGCUGAUAAACCCAGCACGUGAUGCCCCCUACACGACCGACACGAUCUACGCCGGGCUACAGCUCGUCAUGCCCAACGAAACCGCCCCGGCGCACCGCCACACAGCCUUCGCGUGCCGCUUUAUCAUCGAAGGCCAAGGCGGUUUCACCGCCGUGCACGGCCGCCGCAUCCACAUGAAGCGCGGCGAUCUGAUCCUCACGCCGACGUGGAACUGGCACGACCACGGCAAGGACGGGUCCGGCCCCAUGAUCUGGCUGGAUACGCUGGACUUGCCCAACUUUAUGCAUUUCCCAGUGCACUUUGUCGAGCAUUUCAAUCAGCCUAGGUAUCCUGCUGAGGAUGCGGAUUCGGCGACGUCGCCGAUUGUGUUUUCGUGGAAGGUGAUGCGGGCGGCUUUGGAUGCAGAAGAGGGGGAUUGUGUUACGAGGAGGUAUUUGAAGAAGGAUGGUCGGGAUAUCAGCCGCAUCCUAGGAGCCAGCGCGACCCGACUCAAGACAGGUCUGUCCACUCCAGCCGUGCAAGAGACCGCCUCAUUCAUCGUCCACGUCGUCGAGGGCACUGGCCAUUCCGUGAUUGGCGGCGUGCGUCUCGACUGGAAGAAGGGCGAUACGUUCUGCAUUCCAUCCUGGAACGAGUUCGUUCACACCGCUAAUGAUGGCGAGGAUGUGUAUUUGUACCAUGUGGAUGAGAAGCCCAUGUUGAAGUCGCUGGGCUUUUAUAGGAGUGCGGGUGAGGAUACUGAGGGCAUUGUUUCGGAUUAG